AUCCAGCUGAAACCUUUGUGAAUAUUGGUGCAAGACUGCAACAGUAUUCCGUUAUUUCCUGUAUCUACUUACAUUAUCCGUCCUCUCUCUCUUUUGUCUGUCUUAUCUUCCCCCAAUCCUCCUCCAUUCUUCUUCUUCUUCUCCAUUUUCUCUACUCUUACCUUCACUUUCCUCAACCAAAAAUCAACCCAUUUUUCAUAAAAACAAACCAAAUAUUCUCCCUCUUUUUUCCCAGUAAAUUAAAAAAGCACUUUCUCUACUUUUCCUCCUUUAUAUAGAAAACCCACACUGGUUUUCUGUUCUCUUUUCACUAUUACUUCUCUUAAAUUUAUACAAAUUACUUUCAUGUUUUCUUCUCAUUCACCCAUUUAAAGCUUCUCUUUGAAGGCCUUUUUUUUUCUUUUUUUUUUCUUAUUCUUCUUCACUUUAACCUUUUUUCUUCUUCUUUUUCUCUAUAUCACGCCCUCUUCCUAUUCUUCCACUCUUUCUGUUCUUCCGCUCUUUCUUUUCUUCCUUCUCUCUUCUUGAAUGUAAAACAAUACCAACCGGAGGAGGAAGAAAAUAUCAAUGGAGUCUCAAAUAUCAGCUAAAAUUAAAUUUACAGAGCAUAAAAAUCAAACAUUUAUUCAAAAACAGAUUGGAAGAAAAACACAUCAAAAUAUGAGCUUCCCAAAAGUUGUUAGAAUCUCUGUUACUGAUGCUGAUGCCACUGACUCUUCUAGUGAUGAUGAGGUUUGUAUUCAACGACGUCGUGUUAAGAGGUUUGUGAGCGAGGUUAAUAUUGAGCCUUGUUCUUCUUGUUCAGCUACUACUAGGGUGGUAGAAGACGUCGUUUUGAAGAAAAGGCACAGAAAUAAGAAGAGAGGGAAAUGUUCCUCUGUGAAGCAGGUACAGGUUAACAAAAGUGAGAAGAAGUAUAGAGGAGUUAGACAGAGACCUUGGGGGAAAUGGGCGGCUGAGAUUCGAGAUCCUCUGCGACGUGUACGAUUGUGGUUAGGUACUUAUGAUACUGCUGAAGAAGCUGCCAUGGUUUAUGAUAAUGCUGCUAUACAGCUUCGUGGGCCCCACGCUCUCACAAAUUUCUCUCCUCCUACAAAGCUUUCUCUCUCCUCCACGUCAUCAUCUGAAGAUGGUUUCCACUCCCACCCCCACCAUCCCUCUUCUAUUUGUUCACCAACUUCAGUUCUCCGGUUUCAACUCCAAUCGGAGCCCACAAGUCCAACUGAAGCCCGAAAAGCACAAGAAGUCCGACCAAUCAAAGAGGAAAAGCAAGAUGAAGAAAUGGUAUCGGGACCCAUAACAUCGCCUUACGCGUCAAGUUUUGAUUCGUUGUUUCCUAGCGAUUUCUUUGUCUUUGAUAGUACAGUGGCGAACAUGCCGGAGUCUUUUGGAAAUAGUGAUUAUGGAGGACACUUGUUCGGCGAUGACUGCAAGACAGGAGCUUUUCUUGAUGGUAAUUUUGAUUUUGAUUUUGAUUUUGAUUUUGAUUUAGAUUUAAAUUUUGGGUAUUCCAGGCAAACGGGUAGUGAUUAUUUUCCGGAUAUUGGAGAUAUAUUUGGGUUCGACCCACUUGUUGCUCUUUGAGUUUUUUCUUCCUAAGUGCUUUUCUUCCGGUUUUCUUUUUGCUUAGCAAUUUUGGCAAAAAGAAGGUUUUGUAAACGGCAGGAAUGAGUUUAUGAAAAAAAGGGAGUGGAAAUAGUAAUUCUAUUUUCGAGUUACCUAUUGUGGUUUUUUUUUUUUUAAUUAAUAUUUUUUUAGUUUAAAUUUAAAUUCGUUAAUUUUGUGUUUAUUAGGCAUAUUAUUGUAAGUGACUGAUAUAAUCAAGUGUAUUUAGAGUAAGUAAUUAUCUACUAUAUUUAUAUUAGUCAUUAGUUUCACUA